AUGAUCAGCAAAUGCUAUAUAAAUUGUGAGAUCAUUCUUGAUUUCAAUAGUCUACUCUUUUCCAUACUGAAAAAGUAAAAUCCAGAUCUAAAUUUAAGUAAAUUAAUCUAUUUAUCCCAAUCCUAGGUUUGAACGAUGUUUAAGAAAAUCCCAAAAAGUACUUAGAAACCCAAGAAUUGCUGCUGUAGAAUUUAUGCAUUUUAAAGCCAUAGAUAGGAGCUAUCGAAACACGUAAGAAUCUGAUAAAAUAGUUUUAGUGUAAUUUCUGGAAUCCUAACACAUUUAACCAAUCAUCUAUUCUGAAUUCGGAUUACAGUUGCAAUAACACUUCCCCUACUUGAACUGGCAAGAAUUUACAGAUUCUGAUUAAAAUUCUAUUUUCAUAGAUCCAAGAAUAGACUUUUGUGAAUAAUUACUUAAAAAGAAUCUCAAUGUAGUUCUGUUCAAGAAUCAUAAAUUAAAGGAUAAAGAGUAUUGGAAUCAAUUAUUAUAAAAUAAACCAAUCCUAUUUGCUGAAUCCUGGGAAACAUUCCCCUGGUAAUCAUUUAAAUUGGUUACUCAACCGAUUUUUUCAGCCGAUCAAUAUAAAGUAAAUGAGUGUGAGAAUGCUGCAACCAAGUAUUGGAAUACAUUUAUAAAAUUGAAUCCGAUAGAAUUCACAAGCAAGAUAAUUCACGGUAGAAACAGAGGCGGAACUAUGUUAGGCAUACCCACAGGUAACAAUUAUUACUGAAAGUAUUAGCAAAUUUAUAAAUAAGUGAGGAGAUUCAUUAACUAACCAAAAAUCUAUUGCCAGGUGUGUAUGCAGGUAUUACUUACCUUGAAAAUGUGUAAUACGGUGGAGUUUUAUCAAUUGGAUAUAAUCCAUACUUUUUGGACACUCCCCAAACCAUUGAAGUUCAUCUUUAUGGAGAAUUUUAAGAGGACUUUUAUGGUGCCAAUCUAAGAUUGAUUAUUACGCAUUUCCUUAGACCGGAAUCUGAUUUUAGAACAUUUGGUAUUCCUUAUAACUUAAUCUAUAGAUCAUCUGAUAAAAGCAAUUAGUAAUGAUAAGAUAAUAGGAAGGAAAUUAGUGUGUUGA